CCCCCCCAAAAAAAAAAAAACCAAAAAAAAGGAAAAAAAAUAACACACACUCCGAAGCAGCAGGCCACCCCCCCUCCCCUCCUCAUCAUCCUCCUCCUCCUCCCAUCCUUUGGACACACCCUGCCAAGGAUCACACUGCUUCUCCGCUCUACUAUUUCUUUUUUUAUGAUCACACAUCACCAUCGGAGAGAACGCUCCUCUCUUCCUCUUCCGUCGUUCUGCAAAGAACCCCCCCUUUCUUCUCCUCCUUUUCAUCCAAUAGAGGACCCUCAUACAACCUCCGCAGGCUGAGACCUACCGUCAGGUCCCAGUUUGUAUUUUUUUUUAUCUUUUUUUUUUUUUUUGGGUGGAAUUUUUGGGAACUCCGGAGAGGGGAACCGUGCGACCAGAGCACCGUGCGAACAGAGCACCGCAAGAGCGCCGUCGAGCUUCCGCAGAAAAGAGGGACCUAGAUUUCCUUGUCGUUGCACGUCAAGAAUGGUUACCAUAAUCAGCACCAUGGAAACCCAGGUGUCCAACGGUCCGAGCGGAACCAGUCUGCCCAACGGCCCGGUCAUCAGCACCAACGGCGCCACGGACGACAGCAAAACCAACCUGAUCGUCAACUACCUGCCGCAGAACAUGACCCAAGAAGAGUUCAAGAGUUUGUUCGGGAGCAUCGGGGAGAUCGAGUCCUGCAAGCUGGUCCGAGACAAGAUAACGGGUCAAAGUUUGGGCUACGGCUUUGUCAACUACGUGGAUCCGAACGACGCAGACAAGGCCAUCAACACACUCAAUGGUCUCAAGCUACAGACUAAAACAAUCAAGGUAUCGUACGCAAGGCCAAGUUCCGCUUCUAUCCGCGACGCAAAUCUUUACGUCAGCGGACUGCCCAAGACCAUGAGCCAGAAGGACAUGGAACAGCUCUUCUCCCAAUACGGUCGCAUCAUCACAUCUCGCAUUUUAGUGGACCAAGUCACAGCAGGCAUAUCACGAGGAGUUGGUUUCAUCCGGUUCGACAAACGAAAUGAAGCGGAGGAGGCCAUCAAGGGUCUGAACGGACAGAAGCCUCUGGGCGCUGCCGAGCCCAUCACCGUCAAGUUUGCCAACAACCCCAGUCAGAAGACAGGCCAGGCCUUGCUGACUCAGCUGUAUCAGACCGCGGCCCGACGCUACACGGGGCCCCUGCAUCACCAGACGCAGCGAUUCAGCGUGAUCCCUUCUCUCGGAAAGGGACCAGAUCCAAAUAUCAGCUCAAAACCAAUACUCGACAAUUUACUAAACGCCAGCUACGGAGUCAAGAGUUCUCCCACUCUCUUCCCCAGAUUCUCCCCGAUCACCAUCGACAGCAUGACCAGCCUGGCCGGCGUCAACCUCACCGGUCCCACCGGAGCCGGCUGGUGCAUCUUUGUGUACAACUUGUCGCCCGAGGCGGACGAGAGCGUCCUGUGGCAGCUCUUUGGGCCCUUUGGCGCCGUCACCAACGUCAAGGUCAUCCGUGACUUUACGACCAACAAAUGUAAGGGCUUCGGUUUUGUCACCAUGACCAACUACGACGAGGCGGCCAUGGCGAUCGCGAGCCUAAACGGCUAUCGCCUGGGCGACCGCGUGCUGCAGGUUUCUUUCAAGACUAGCAAGCAGCACAAGGCCUGAGAGAGGGGCCGUAGGCCGCCAGCAGCUUUGACCUGCACGGGGGAGGCGGGGCUAUCUGAGCUCCGCCCCCUCGUGACAUCACUUUAUCUAUGGGCCUGGACUGAGUCUCUCUCUGACGCUUUCGUACACACAUUCACAAUAUAUAAUCGCAAAAAGACACAGACACGCGCAAACACAGAUAGCGAAACCUAUUCAUAGGCAAGCAUCCGCAAGUCAGAGUUUCAAACGAACCCACGAGUGGAGUUUUUCUGUUCUCUUUCCACAACAUGCUAGACCUUUCCCUAUCUUUGCCUGGAUUGAAUUAGAAAGGCUACGUAGCUGGUUUGCUGG